GACGUGAACCCUCGUCACUUCUCCGUGUCGUCGUGAGAACUCAGUGGAAUAGACACAGACUAAUCAUCCUCCACCAAACAAUACUGAAACAAAUACAUUCACACUUUUAUUAUUGCUUCCGUAAAAGCUCCUUACAGAAUGGAUUUGCUGCCUGACAUAUGGAGGCAGGAGUACUGGCUCCCUCCAGGUGUGACGUGGAAAGACAUGGAGCAGCUGGAGGACUCUGACCGACCGCGACCCCUGCACCUCCUCAUAACUUUGCCCCUUGCUCUGUGCUUUGUUGGCCUACGCUACGUAUUCGAGAGGUUUUUUGCCCCGCCCAUUGGCAUAUGUUUGGGGGUGAAGAAUAGAUUACAGGUGACUGCGGCUCCCUCCCCGAAGCUAGAGUCAUUUUACAUGAGGAGGAGCAGGCAGCCAACACAGAGUGAGAUUGUGAGUCUGAUGAAGGCGUGCGGUAAAACACAGCGACAGAUCGAGAAGUGGUUCCGCCAUCGCAGGAACCAGGACAGGCCCUGUCAAACCAAGAAGUUUGGCGAAGCAGCCUGGAGGUUUUCUUUCUAUCUGGUAGCCUUUGUGGGUGGAUUAGCCUGCUUGAUUGAUAGACCCUGGUUCUGGAAUAACAGGGACUGUUGGAGCAAGUAUCCAGUACAGCCCAUGGAGAGAGCUCACUACUGGUACUACAUGCUGGAGCUGAGCUUUUACGUCUCUCUGCUGCUGCGGAUCUCUGUUGAUGUCAAGAGGAAGGAUUUUAAAGAGCAGGUCAUCCACCACUUAGCCACAAUCUUCCUUCUGAGUUUCUCCUACUGUGCCAACUACAUACGCAUCGGCACCCUGGUCAUGCUGCUUCAUGACUCCUCUGACAUCCUGCUGGAGUCUGCCAAGAUGUUCAACUACGGCACUGGCUGGAGGAAAACGUGUGACAUACUCUUUGUAGUAUUUACUGUGGUUUUCCUUGUGACACGACUGGUGAUUUUCCCCAGCAAAAUCAUCCAUACCACCCUGGUACUGUCCAUGGAGGUUUUUGAGCCCUUUGUCGGCUACUACUUUUUCAACAUCCUGCUGAUGGUGCUGCAGGCUCUUCACGUCUUCUGGGCCAUCUUAAUCUUACGCAUGGUCAAUAAGUUCCUGGUCGGCAAGCUGGAAAAGGAUGUACGCAGUGAUGAAGAGAGUGAAGCUGAACAGGACGAGGAGGAGGAGGAUAAGGGAGAAGAGGAGGAUGAGGAUUGUAUCUGGGAGAGAAGUAAAGACACCCUGAACUCCAAGCUGUCAAUGCUGACCAACAGUUGUGUCUUAAAUAACUUGAACAACCACCGGGGGUCUGCGGUGGACAGGAUCCGUAUAGCUCAGUAGAGACCUGGGUUUGACGUUUCAACCUGUUGUCGCUGUUUCGAGGUAAAAACAACCGCCUGGUUACCGCGUGGUAUACGACGACUCUGAGGUGACAAGCAACUGUGUUUCACUUUCACUUUUAAGAGCAUCGUUAGAUAAGUACACGGGCCAGAGUUGAACUGUUAUAUCCUGGUGAAAGUGCCGACUUCAGCAGAAGGUUGAUAUGAUUUAGGGAGCUGAGUGUUAUGGGCUGCAGCAGCAGCAGCUGCUGGGACACCACUGUGCACACUGUGUCUGUGUUCAGUGGUAGUAACACUGCCUACUACCAACGCUCACUGUAGCUGACACGGCAGAAUCGUUUUUAUUCUUUAUGUUUUCACUCUCGCCAAUUCACAACGAUAGUGAUUUGAAAUCAACACAAGUGUAUGUGACUUUUAUUUUUUAGUUUUGUGAAGUAACUCGGGAGCAGCAUCACAUGUGUUCAUGUUUAAAGUUAAAUAAUUGAAGUGCUAUAAAUGUGCAGUUCAAAUUUUUUAAUGCUGUCUCUUUUUUUUAAUGAAUACACAUUUCACAUUUUAAUUACUUGACAAGUUUGAGUUUAAAUAGUUUGAGUUGUAAACACAGGCUUUCAUGUUACUUCAGUUCAUAGAUAGAGGUUAAGGGUCACCAUAAAAUGAUUCUGCGUAUAUGCUGCACCACAGUGCCACCUUGUGGCUCAUACCAGGGUCACACAAUCCUAUCUUCGAGCUUUAUAUACUGUAUUUCACAUGUAGUAGUUGCAUUUGUUAGCCGUUAACAGGCAUUCAUUGCAAAGAUUAUGAAAUAGAGGAAAUAUCGUGUUCCAUUUUCAUUUGUUGUUUUGAGUAAAUGGGACAAAAUAAGUGGACGAGGAGCGAAUCACGUGAUCAGUUUUCAACAAGGCUCAAAUCCUUUACAUACAUGUAUAUUAUUGAAUGAGGGAAACGUUGACAUUUUAAGAAAAUACUUUUUAUUCUGUUGUAUUGCUUUUAUACCGUCCUUUAUUGAGGUCCUUUGUGACGUUUGUUUUUCUUGUAAAUUUCUUGUAUAGUGCAGGGUUGUUCUGCGGGUCAUUUCGUUGUACCUACACAGUACAAUGACAAUAAAGGCUAUUCUAUUCUAUUCUUUA